CAACAGAGAUCGAAAGCGAGUACAGUCGAAAAAAAAAAGCGAGUACAGUCGAUCUCUCUGCUGGCUGCAAAAUGUGGGGAGCAAGAGAGGAGGGCGCUCCCGAAGUUACCCUAGAGACUUCGAUGGGAGCUUUCACUGUUGAGCUAUACUACAAGCAGGCGCCUAGAACUUGUAGAAACUUCCUUGAACUGUCUCGCAGAGGUUACUACGACAAUGUGAAGUUUCAUCGAAUUAUUAAGGAUUUUAUAGUCCAAGGCGGGGAUCCGACCGGGACUGGAAGGGGUGGAGAAUCGAUAUAUGGUUCAAAAUUUGACGAUGAGAUAUCAACGCAAUUAAAGCAUACUGGGGCUGGUAUUUUAUCCAUGGCAAAUGCUGGUCCAAAUACAAACGGAAGCCAGUUCUUCAUCACCCUUGCACCGACUCCAUCUUUGGAUGGAAAGCACACCAUAUUUGGAAGAGUAUGUAAGGGAAUGGAAAUUGUCAAAAGACUUGGGAGUGUGCAAACAGAUAACAAUGAUAGGCCCAUCCACGAUGUGAAGAUAUUACGGACAUCUGUUACAGACUGAUCCCAUGAAAGAUCUUUCUUACAAGCCAAAUUGUUACUGCCAAUACAAACAAGCUUCUAUGUCAUGGAUUUUUCUUGCUUGGUCGUCAAAAAUGUAAUUGUUUUAACUGGAUUACUUUUGAGAACUGAAAAACAUUUGGAAGAGGGAUUUUUCUGGUGCUCUGUAUUGUAAGUUUGGUUGGAUUAGCGUCGGAUUAUUUUCCAUUUAUAUUAACUAAGGUAAAUGUCCUUGUACUCUUGUUCUAUGCAUGAGGAAUUGCUGUUUUAA